AUAACACCUAACAAGACGCGGUGUACCGUGAGGCUUGCUUUCUUAGCCCUCUUCUCCAAUUCGGUGACAUCCUCGGUCGAGGUUCGACCGUAGAAGAAGAGGAAGGAGGCAGAAAAAAUUUUUCCACCCCUCCACGACACGUAUAAUUCCUACGCGCUUCGCCUUCACCGCUCUGCAUCGACGGGGUGAACCUGGCUUUAGCUUCUAGAAACGUCUUACAGGCUCCGACUAUCCAGGUUUUUGCAGAGACCUCAAAGACGGGGUCAUACGGGGCCCAACUACUGCCAUGGCUGUUUCUACCUCCGUGAAAGUAGUCCUGCUAGAUAUUGAGGGCACAGUCUGUCCAAUCUCCUUCGUCAAAGACGUCCUGUUCCCCUAUGCGCUCAAAGCUCUCCCAGAGACCCUGAAGACUCGGUGGAACCAUCCGGACUUCGCAGAGUAUAGGGAUGCAUUUCCAUCGGAAUAUUCUUCCUCUAGCGAUGCAUUAGAAGCCCACUUCAGAGACCUUGUGGAGAAGGAUGUGAAAGUCUCCUAUCUGAAGAGCCUGCAAGGCUACCUCUGGCAGGAAGGAUAUGCCUCAGGUGACUUAAAGGCACCCCUAUUCCCGGACGUGGCUCCAAAACUGUUGGAAUGGGGGGACAAGGGCCUCAGGGUCAUGAUCUAUUCGUCCGGGUCGGUCCCCGCGCAGAAGCUGCUCUUUAAGCACACGGACGCUUCCCCAUCGGAUUUGACGCCGCGGAUCUCAGAUUGGUUUGACACCGUGAACGCCGGUCUUAAGACGGAAACGGGUAGCUACAACGUAAUAGCUAGCAAACAUCCGGCGUUCUCACCUAAGGAGUGGCUCUUCUUGAGUGACAACGUGAAGGAAGUGGAUGCCGCCAUACGGGCGGGCAUGCAGGGUGUGGUGGUUCAGCGCCCCGGGAAUGCUCCCUUACCACCCGGGGUGCGUGAACGACUACGAGUCAUCGAGACCUUCCAGGCUCUCGACGACAAUCUCACCACCCUUAAGGAUUAAUUAAUCCAAGGCAGGAAGGGCUCGGCAUCAGGCAUGUUAGCU